GCUCGAGGGUCAUUUUAGUACACUACACUAACCUAAUCCUAACUGACGCGCCAUGCCUCGCUAUACGGUUCACAUUCGGGAUGAGUGGCUGGCUGUUCCCUGCCGCGACCCGACCUACACCAUCCAGUGGCUGGGCUACGAGGCGCUCAAACGCUACACCAAGAAUAAGCCGGACAACGGAGGCAUCGACGCGGUGAAAGACAUUCGUUUUGUCGCGAGGAGGUGCCAGGGACAGGGGCUGUUGGAUGGUGAUGACACCAUAGAGGAUGUCCUCGAGGACAAUGACUUCGUCGAAAUUGCCAUCGAAGGGGAUACCAUGUCUCCAGACUUCAUUCCGUACCAGCCUGGAGUUUCACACCUGACAGCUGCGUACAGAGAAUCCGACGAUAACCUUUUCCUAGAUGGCAACAGCCUGACUUCGACAGACCUGGUGAAUUUAGGACGGGGUCUGUACAAGAUUAAGCUGACCUCAGAAGCAGAGAAUGGAGUUGUGAAAUCCAGAGAGCUUCUGGACACCAUCGUCAAGGAGAACAAAGUUGUCUAUGGAAUCACUACAGGGUUUGGUAAAUUUGCCCGGACUGUCAUUCCUGUCCACAAGCUCAAGGAGCUACAGGAAAAUCUGGUGCGAUCACACUCUGCAGGUGUGGGCAACCCACUGAGCCCAGAAAGGACCAGGAUGUUGUUGGCUCUGAGGAUCAAUGUCCUGGCUAAAGGAUACAGUGGCAUCUCCCUGGAAACCCUGCACAGAAUGAUUCAAGCCUUCAACGCGUCCUGCCUGUCCUUCGUCCCUGAGAAGGGGACAGUUGGUGCCAGCGGAGACCUAGCCCCUCUCUCCCACCUGGCUCUGGGGCUGAUGGGAGAAGGCAAGAUGUGGUCGCCCAAGAGUGGAUGGGCCGACGCCAAAUACGUACUAGAGGCUCAUGGACUCAAGCCAAUAUCACUGAAGCCCAAGGAGGGCCUGGCGUUAAUUAAUGGUACCCAGAUGAUCACGUCUCUGGGGGCUGAGGCGGUGGAGAGAGCCCAGGCCAUCGCCAGGCAGGCGGACAUCAUCGCUGCCAUCACCCUGGAGGUGCUUAAGGGGACCUCCAAGGCCUUCGACAGUGAUAUCCACGCUCUGCGGCCCCAUCCAGGACAGAUAGAAGUGGCCAUGAGGUUCCGCGCCUUACUGGACUCAGACCACCAUCCCUCAGAGAUCGCAGAGAGCCAUCGGUUCUGUGACAGAGUCCAGGAUGCCUACACUAUGCGUUGCUGUCCACAGGUCCAUGGUAUUGUGAAUGACACAAUAGAUUUUACCCAGAAAAUCAUCAACACCGAGAUUAACAGCGCCACCGACAACCCUAUGGUGUUUGCAGAGAGAGGAGAGACCAUCUCAGGUGGAAACUUCCAUGGAGAAUACCCAGCAAAGGCCCUGGACUUCUUGGCUAUAGGUGUCCAUGAGCUGGCAGCCAUCAGUGAAAGGAGGAUUGAGCGUCUGUGUAACCCGUCUCUCAGUGAGCUGCCAGCCUUCCUAGUCAACGAGGGAGGGCUCAACUCCGGAUUCAUGAUCGCACACUGUACAGCUGCUUCCCUGGUAUCAGAGAACAAGGUGCUGUGUCAUCCGUCUUCAGUGGACUCCCUGUCCACCAGCGCAGCCACUGAGGACCACGUAUCCAUGGGAGGCUGGGCCGCCAGGAAAGCCCUGAGGGUGGUGGAACAUGUGGAACAAGUCCUAGCAAUCGAGCUGCUAGCUGCCUGCCAGGGAAUUGAGUUCCUCCGCCCCCUGCGUACAACAACACCAUUGGAGAAGGUCUAUGACCUUGUACGUAGCGUAGUCAAGCCCUGGAUCAAGGAUAGGUUCAUGUCUCCAGACAUUGAGGCGGUCCAUCGUCUUCUUCUAGACCAGAAGGUGUGGAACGUGGCUCAGCCAUACAUUGAGAAGUACAACAUGGAGCUUCUUCCUGAGUCCCGCCCCAUCUCUCCUACUGCCUUCUCAUUGGAUCCCCCAGCAUCACCACGGAAACGCAUCCGACUGGAGUGAAAUCAUCAUUGUCUGACUAAAUGUAUACUUUUUGUCUUCCUGUUUUUCAGACAAAUGUUUUCUUCCUUCCACAGCCCCAGCCGCUUAAAUAAUUAUUAUGUAUUCCAUGCUAGUUUUGAACAAAGAGUUGUCGGAUAACAUUGAUUGAGGCUAGACAGUAGAUUUGUAAUCUCAUUCGUCAUAGAAACUAGAUAGAGCUUGAUUUAACGUAUUAAACUUUAUUCACAAAAUCAAUAUGAAUUUAUUUUUCAAUAAAUUACAAUAAUUUCAUGCCUUUGUUAUUUCAUAUAUUCAUACUUUGUUUAAUAGUAAUUUGGGGAACUGAUUGUACACAUAAAUGACUAUGUACGUAGAGUGAAUAUUGAUUUAAAGCUACAAUGUCCACCUGAAUAAUCUAAACAGUAAAUGCAGUCAGUAAAUCUAA